CUCUCGCAAUACCACAAAGAUUUAGGCAAGGAAAUAAAAAUGACAAUUCGUUCAAUUGAUUCAGAUGAAGGCGUUAAAAUUGAAGAUGUUGGUGUCAAGACGACCGCUAUAAAUCUUGAGGAUUUGAAUACUGAAAGACUUGACUGGUUCAAAUAUGUAAUAGAAAUAUUAAUGGUUCGUGAUGAAUUUGAAAUGCUAUUGGAUAUGCAGACACUUAAUAUAUCUGCCGCGCAUAAAACGAAUGACGAAGCUUUUCGUGAUAUUAUCUCUACUGCACCAUCACCUUUAUUAUCAGUAUUAGGUCACGAUGAUGAAAAAACAUUUCCUAAUGCUUUGCUUCAGUUCGACAAUAGACAUAAUUAUUGUACUGAGAACAAUGAAUUACCGAGUUGGAGAGAAAAGGACCCGAAGCAAAUCAAGCAAGAUAUCUGCUUGGUUGUUGAUACUUAUACUGCCGUAGCGCAAUAUUUGUACGCGCGGGCGUGUUUGAAAGGAUCAAUGUAUAUUAAGAAGAAUGGAUUUGAAUACUUAGAAAAGGCCUUAAAAGCAUGUGAUAAGAAAGCAUUGUUUUGGUAUGCUGAAAUUUUACAAAAUGGGGAACAUGAUGUACCAAUCGAUAUUAAGGGUGCCGAGAGAUAUUAUAAAGAGGCUAAACGCCGUGGUCAUCUAGAUGCAGAAGCUGCAUUAGAGAAACUAAAGCUAUGA